UCAUAAUCGCAUCAGUGGUGGCUUAUAAAAAUUGACGUUUACCGAAAUAUUUAUGGAAAUUUGGUUCCAUUACUAUUUGAUCCGUUUAAUUUUUAGACCAAGUACUGCAUCUUAAAAUAAGGAUAUGAUGCGGAUGGUGGUCUAUUUGACAAUAGCAGCUCUAUUUUGGCAAUUUGAGUUGACGAAUUCCCGCACGUCAACCCUGUGGAAACUAAAUAUAGAUAGUGGCAAAAUAACAGGACACAUCUCAACUACUCGACGUCAAACGGAUAAUGCUAUGCUGGAAGAUUUUAAUAUACCAAUGUUUGAUGCCAGUGCUGAUGUCUAUGCUCAAGACGAAGUUUUUUAUAUCAUCGCUUCCACUUUUGCAUUGGGCGCAAGUGCAGGAGUUGGUAGAGGCGCUGACGGCAAUGAGAAUAACGGUGCUGGAUACGGCUGGGUGCGUGAAUCUCCAGAAAAUUCAUUGGAAACAUUUGAGACAUUAACGAAGCAUUGCAAUGAAAGUAAUUCCGCCGAGAAUGAGCAUGGAAUGACUGAAAUAAGAAAUAAAAAGGCAGCCGGAACUGCAGGUAGUGCGGUUAUAACAACUACGUCUAACGUGGAUACAGCAUUAGUGAUUGAUGAAACUCUGGACUGUCCACCUGUAAAUUAUUCAUUCUACGAUUAUCUUAUCGGAGUAGGUCAUAGAUUUGAUCUACCUAAGGUACCCGAACCAGAGGUAGCGUACCUGUUUUUGAAAACCAAAGACGAAAACUCUUUCAAAAAUUUUGAUAUUACUGCGCUGGAACGACGCUUAAAAAGAAUUAAACGUGAAAAGCCCAUGAGUGCACAGUUAUACCAUCAAAUUGGAAACUACUGGCGUAUUGUGGGUGAUGCACGGCAAUCUAUUAAUUGUUUCAGGCGAUCUCUGGCAAUGUCGCCAGUGAAUCCAGAAGCUCUCUUAAAUUUAGCGCGUGUACUUUACAAUUUACAGUAUCUUGAUGACGCUAUAUAUUUGGCUCGAAGUUAUUCCAUCAGGUCACUUGAACUGACACCAUCUGGAGGCAAUUGGCAACAAUUUUUCACGCUCGGAGAAAUUUUUAGAACAUAUGGACAUUUCCAACAAUCAAUUGUCCAUUUUCGACAAGCGCUUGAUCGUCAUCCACAUCACGAACCCAUAUUGAAGGCGCUGCGGGACUUGGAAAAUAAUCCUUCAUCAACAUUGCAUGUAUACACUGUCGUCAUUAUUGUUGCCUUGGUAGUUGCUGUUUUUAUUGUAGUAAUAACAUCGUCAAACAAGAAUGACAAAUACAACGGUUUAAAUGGCAGUAGCAAUCAAAUUGAGAACGAGCCAAAAACGCAACGACAUUUCAAUCGUGCUAUGGCCAUGCGUUCACUUAAAGGCUUUUCCUCUUCUUCAACUCAUACAAGUUCAACAUCGCGGGGCUUUCGACACAAAAAAAACUAAGCAAUUUAGAGCAACUGUGUAAAAGGUGUUACAUUACCGCUAGUGCUUAUUAACUACGUCCACGCCCAUGUCCACACAAAUAAAAUUUGUUUGAUGGCACAAAUGCUUAUACACAUACCUAUACACAAUACACCCCCAUUGAACGUAAAGCGAGAUCGAUCAAAAGAAAAAUUAAAUUGUGUUUAUCAAAGAAUUGAUAAAAAAAAAAUUACGAAAUGCCAAAAAAUGCAUGGAUCUCAUAAAAUCAAACGACCCAGUUACAUAUUCAUUUUUAUUUUAUUUUCUUACAACCCUAUUAAUAUUCGCAUUAAGCAAAUAUUAUGGUUGCAUGUUUUUAUGUUAUGUAUGUAUAAAUAUUUAAUUUUUUUUUUGCAAGCCAAAUAAUUGAGUCAUAAAAUGAAAAAUUUUGUUCCUAUUAUACGCAUAUUCGAUAGUGGGUAUAUUCUCGCAAAUAUGUACUUCAGAAUCUUUUAAAGAAUGUACAUACGUAUCCGAUUGGGUAUACGCGAAAUCAUUGUAUGUAUGUACUUAAAUUUAUAUCUAAAUAUUUGGUUUUUCUAGAAAUUUUAUAAAUUACUGUGAUAAUUUUAAUACCAGUAAAUUUGUUAUUUUUUGCAUUUGCACAUAUGUAGUAUUUCUUAAGUUGAGUUUUGAGUGUCGUACUUACAUAAUUAUUUAUUAUAAUAUUUAUAUAUAAUAAUUUUCUUUAUUUAAGAAAACUGAAAACCAAAAAUGUUAAAGACUUGAAAAAAGUUUCUCUAGUUAUUUAAUUAUUAACUCUCAUUUUGUGGUUUUGUUCAACGUGUCAUUACAAUAUGAAUAACCUUUGAUACAUCGUAGAUGAUUAGCCAAGCAAAAACAAAGAAAAAACAAGAAAACCAAUCGAAAUAAAAAUUUUGUUAUACUCCACCUAAAACAUAA